AUGUUGAUGCUACAGCUCUCAUGGUUAUGGGUCAUUGUGACAUUGGUUGGCUCCUAUUUGUUGGUAGGCAGGUACAUUGAUUAUAGAGAGCAGCCAAAAUAUCUAAGUGUUAUUCUUGUGAUAUCAUUGGCGCUGCCUUUAUCUUUAAUAUUCCUUCUGCCAAUUGACUUAUUAAGUACAUUUUCUGACAAACAUUCCAUCGACGAAUUUAAAUCCUCACCUUUUUAUCUUGAACGCCCCAUAGUUAAUGCUCUUUGGAGAAUAAACUACUGGCUUACGUUUUUCCUAACUUGGGUUUUACUUCCACUAUUGCAAUAUUGGUUUGACUCGGGCUAUUACAAGCUCAAAGACAGAUUCAAUGAGUCCAUAAGAAACUUAAUUCGAUUCCAGCUGCUAAUGCUUUCUUGCUGUGUCAUUGGGUUUGGCUAUAUUAUGUUUUACCACAGGUCAUGGCUUAACGCCACUUUCCUCAAAGGUUUAGUUAUCACAAUCAGUCAUAUCUACUCUCUUACUCUAGCACUUUGGUUAAUGGCACAUGGCUUAAUACAACUUCCGAGACAGACAUGGGAGAAUGCUGGAGACUACAAUGCCAUGCUUUACAGUCUUUAUCAACGGGUUCCAUAUUUAAAGGAAAAAAUGGAAGAUUCAAAAUUUGAACUCCAAGAUGUUUUGGCCAAGAUCUUGAGUAUGGCAUCCAUAGAUAUCCCAUUCGACUACAGAGAUUGGUGUAUUCAGCUAGAGAAAGAUAUUCCGUUUGAAUUUAGGCCUGAAAAUCAACGUUACUCGUAUUAUGCAAAUACGGAGGAGCCUAUUACAGCUCAAGAUAUUAAUAGAUCGACAUUGCACAACCUAACUUUCCGUCUGCAACGCGCAAAAUGGUCAUAUAAACACAAUUUGGUGGCUUUUCAACAAGUUGUACACAAAAUAAUGAAGUUGGACACAGCAAUGGAAUCUGAGAAUGAACAGAUUUCUGAUCCUACUUCAUUUCGGGGAACAACACUUUUCGUCGCUACGAAAGCAUGGUCUAUCAUUUUAGGAGCAUUGGCCAUUAUCAUAAUAGAAAGUGAACUGUUUCAUGGAUUCAAUAUCUCGAUAAUAAACAUUGUGGUUAGGAAAGUGACUGAUUCUCCAGAAAAUACGUCAUUGGUGGCAGUAUUAGCUUCUUGCGUUCCAUUCCUUACUUUUAUGGUUUUUUCGGCAUUGGCCUCGCUUUUCAAAAUCAAAAUCUUUGAUAUAUAUCAUGUGAUAUCAGAUCAAGGAUCAGAUCCUGUUUCUACGACGUUUUUUAUUAGCUAUGCUUGCAGAUUGACGAUUCCACUUUCUUACAACUUCCUCAUGCUUCUUGAUACUGAUUUUGCAAGGGCUUCAUCAUUCCAGGAGUUCCUUGGAAACUCAAUUAAGCUUAUCUCGCUUGGUAAAAUUUUGAACGAUAUUCUCCCUCGUCUUAUUGUGAUACCAAUAUGUCUUUCUCUUUUCCAUGUAUGGGACAAGAUAAAAACCAAAAUGAAAGGAAACUUACUCUUUGACUAUUUGUUCGACGAAUUUGACUUUUACGAAGAUGAGGAUGAAGAAGAGCCAGAUGGAGAUACAGAUAACUCAACAGGGCAUUCUUCACGAAUAAGAAAUGGAAGUAUUCGUGAAGCGAAGCAGAUUGUUCAAGAAUAUAUUCGGAACUCACGCGACUUGGAAAAUAGUCAAUAUCCAGGAAUGCCUCAAAGUGACUUCAAUACUAAUAUCAUUAGCCCAGAACCAUUACAGAAUGCUUUCCAUUGGAUCAAGAAUGUGGCUAAUCACGUCUAUUCAAGGCUUAGACCAAGACAAAGCAAUAAUUACAGUUCUAUCGCUAAUAAUGUACAGACUGAUGACAGCAGACGCAUCUCAUUGGAUACGGAGGAUUCAGAAUCUGCUUCCUCAUCAUUAUUGAUCUAA